CUGUGGUUUUGUGUGGUGGCACAUCUCGAGCCAUUUUAAACAAUGUUUUCCAAGGUUAUCUGAGUGAUCGACUAAAUGCUCUGUCUGGGUCAGUAACUAGACCAUAGGAGCCAUCAGAGCAUGUCCUGCAGUACCAUAAGAGGCAACCGCUGGAUGAAUUAACGUUACUGUGCUUCUGGGUGCAAGAAAUCUAGUAGCUACGCUAACGUUUCCUGCCUGGAUCCGCUAGGUUAGCUAGCGAACGCUGACGCUACGUGUCAGAGGAUGUAUUCAUCAUUUCUGCAUAAAGACUAUAAUUAUGAUCAUUUAAAAGUGAGCGCAGGAGGUUUACAGAUGUAGAAGUCAUUUGGAUCUCAUUUCUACAAACCGAUCUCCCUCAGACCUCCCUGGACAGCUGGGCUAAAGGAUAUCAUUAUGAACAGGUUUCUCCUCCAUGCUGUUAAAGUAAGGACAGGGCUGAAAUGUUUCAGAGGUUUCAGUGUAAACAUGGAAUCUGGAUAUCGACAAGCUAAUGUGGUUAUCUUGCACAAGGAUCUUGCAGAUGACUUUGAGGCGUUCUGCCGUGCAAAUCACAGCCCCCUGCCUCUGCUGUACAGGAGCAAGCCUGGAGAAUGGGGCUGCCCUCCUCUCGCUUCACAAGCAAAUAUCAGAGAGGACUGUCCGCAGUACUGUGUGUUUGAGAAAGGGGUGCUGGUAAACAAAGUAGCCAGUUUAGCCCCCUACACCACUCAGCUUCAGGACAUGGUUACAUUCUACCUGGGCUGCAGCUUCAGUUUCGAGCAAGCUCUGGAGAAAGCCAAUGUUCCAGUGCGAAACGUUCAGCAGGGACGAAAUGUUAGCAUGUUCAGAACAUCAGUGCCUUGUGUCAGAGCCGGGCCAUUUCACUGCCCCAUGGUGGUAUCGAUGCGGCCAAUCCCACAGGACAAGCUGGACUCUGCUGCUCAGUGCACACACCACAUUCCACAGGCUCAUGGAGGCCCAGUCCACAUAGGGCACCCAGCUCUGCUGGGUAUUAAAGACCUUUCUCAGCCUGACUACGGAGACUCAGUGGAGUGCCAGCCUGAGGAUGUACCUGUGUUUUGGGCCUGUGGGGUUACUGGAGCAGAGGCUGUUCAGAGCACCAAACCUGCUCUGGCCUUUACACACUCUCCAGGCUGCAUGUUUCUCACUGAUAAAGAGGAGGCCACUGUUUCUCUUCAGGACUCGGAUUCAGUUGAGAGCCCUUUGACUUUCUGCAUUUCCCAGAAUCCCCUACACUACAGUAUGGCUAGUAAGCUGGCAGUUCAGCGAGUUCGAGCAGUUGAGGAGCUUAUAGGAGAAGAUCCAGGUCAGAGGGGGAUCCGUGCACUAUUUGUGCAGGAUGAGCUGCUGAGGGCGUCUUUGUCUCUGUCCCACUCUUCCUCUGUGCUCAUCUCCACUGGCUUUCCCACACACUACAUGCACGACCCCCCAGAAGAGACGGAUGGACCCCCUGGAGCCAUCGCUAUGGCUGCUAUGCUCCAAACCCUCAACAAACACGUUGUUAUAGUGAGUGACCAGCGGGCCCUUGAGAUGAAUCGAAAGAUCAUGCAGGAUUCUGUCGGCAAAGGUGUGAUAAAAAGUGCAGUGCCAAUCAUAAGCUUUGAGGGCAGCGGCCUUGAUGCAUCUUUGCAGUUUCUCUGCCAUGAUGGUGAUCCCUCAAAGCCCAGGUAUGACCACUUGGUGGCGAUAGAGCGCAGUGGGAGAGCCACUGAUGGAAACUACUACAAUAUGAGAGGAAUAAACAUCAAACACUUGGUGGAUCCUGUAGAUGAUCUCUUCACCACAGCCAGUACUGUCCCAGGCAUCACCACCACAGGUAUUGGAGAUGGUGGGAAUGAGUUGGGUAUGGGGAAGGUGAAGGAGGCGGUGAAGUCCUACAUGCCGGGUGGCAGUCUCAUUGCCUGUGACGUGGCCGCUGACUUCGCCAUUACAGCAGGAGUGUCUAACUGGGGUGGCUAUGGAGUGGCCUGUGCCUUGUACAUCCUCAACCAGUGUGCCAUACAUCGCCGCUAUGUGCAGAAAGGACUGGGGCUGAGUCCCACAGACGAACAACGCAAUCUCUGGGCUGCUAGCCUGCCGUCCAUUAGCAAGGAGGAGGACAUGCUCCACAUUCUGGUGAAGUACGGGGUACGCAGUGGAAAAACAGCAAACCUUGGGCUGGAAGUAGACGGUCUGACCUUUCAUCCCACCCACUCUGACAUCAUACAGCGCCUCAGGGACCUUACCCUGGAGAAUGUGCCACAAGAAUGAUGUCAUCAAAGCAGCCCACAUGCACUUAACUAAAACUUAGCUGUUUGUUAUGCAACAUUAUUCUAUGAAAUCGAGCGUAAAAGAAAAAGAAAGAAAAAAAUGUCACUGCCGUCAGAAAAGCUGUCCUAGUUCUGUUACCAGAAGUGAAUAUAAGUAAAACGCUGCUACAGGACAGUGCUUUGUUAUUUUUGAUAUUGUCCCUUAAGUAUUGAUUUGUAUUAAAAUCAAAGAAAAUCACAGUGGUUUUUAACUACUAAAUUAAAUCUUCCUAAAUAUAUCCUAACUUUAAACAAAAGUUAGCUGUUUGGCCAACUAAUUAACUACCGAGCAACGAUGAUGACUAUUUCACUAUUAACACUAUUCUCUGUUAACUCUGUGUGUCUGAAACCAAUAAUUAGUAUUAUUAAAUAUUACUGUGAUUA